AUGGCCAAUGAGCUCACCAAAGUAGUACCGCAUCUUAUGCUUCCCUCCACCAAUCUUAUUCUGCAGCAUCUCGUAGAAUGGUUCGCUCCAUUGUACCGCAUCCUCGGAGUGGCCCUCGAUGCGAAGUCCAAAGUCACGAAAAGUCGCAUUGUAUGCCUGGAGGUGGAUGCCCUCGCUCUCAAUGAUGACCCCUGGUACGGGUGGUCGGAGGGCCAGAUUGGUUUGGGAAGAAGAUGUGCAUCAUGA